AAACUUUCAUUUUCGAUGGCAGAAGAAAAAUCAAACAGCGACGACGCGAUCUGAAGUUUUCGUCUCAUCAAACCUCUCUGCUCUGUACCCUGCAGUUUCCUUUUUUUGCAGCGGUUUUGAGUCAGACUCGCUGACCCAACUCGGAUCGGACUCAGAGCUACGACGCAAUUCGGUGAAGAGAGGCUGUUUCGUAUCUGUUGCUCUAUUGUUCUAGAUCUGUGAGUCACCUGAGCUCGUUGUGAAAAUUGGGAAUGGCUUCCUCGGAAGCUGAUUCCCGGUUGAGUCGAGUCGUAACUCCAGCUUUAGAUAAGAUCGUCAAAAACGCGUCGUGGCGGAAACACUCGAAGCUCGCUAACGAAUGCAAAGCUGUUAUCGAGCGGCUAGGUUCGCCGCAGAAACCACCUCCUCCGUCGUCCUCUGCUGCUGCUGAAUCCGACUCUGAUUCCUCUGUUCCCGGUCCACUUAACGACGGUGGUUCGAUCGAGUACUCUCUCGCCGAUUCUGAAUUCAUCUUCAGCCCUUUGAUCAGUGCCUGUGGCACAGGCCUCGCCAAGAUCGUGGAACCAGCUAUUGACUGCAUUCAGAAACUCAUCGCGCAUGGCUACAUUCGUGGUGAAUCGGACCCGUCCGGUGGAGCGGAGUCCCUUCUCCUUUUUAAAUUGAUCGAGUCCGUUUGUAAAUGCCAUGAUUUGGGAGAUGAAUCCAUUGAAUUGCCAGUGUUAAAGACUCUGUUAUCUGCUAUUAACUCCAUCUCGCUGAGGAUCCAUGGCAAAUGCUUGCUCCUAGUCGUACGCACUUGCUACGACAUUUACUUGGGAAGCAAAAACGUGGUGAAUCAGACGACUGCCAAGGCUUCGCUGAUCCAGAUACUGGUGAUUGUGUUCCGGAGAAUGGAGGCGGACUCGUCAACGGUUCCAAUUCAGCCGAUCGUAGUGGCUGAGCUCAUGGAGCCGAUUGAAAAAUCAGAUGCGGAUGGGACAAUGACGCAGUUUGUUCAGGGUUUCAUUACCAAAAUCGUGCAAGAUAUUGACGGAGUGUUGAACCCGACAGUGCCAGGAUCAGGCUCAGGAUCACGAUCAGUAGGCCAAGAUGGGGCAUAUCGGACUACCACUGUGGAGACUACGAAUCCUACGGAUUUGUUGGACUCCACUGAUAAGGACAUGUUGGACGCAAAGUAUUGGGAGAUAAGUAUGUACAAGUCGGCUCUAGAGGGAAGGAAAGGUGAGCUAGCAGAUGGAGACGCUGAGAGAGAUGAUGAUUUAGAAGUUCAGAUAGAGAAUAAGCUGAGGAGGGAUGCCUGCCUGGUUUUCAGGGCGCUUUGUAAGCUCUCCAUGAAGGCGCCGCCAAAGGAGUCUUCAACAGAUCCACAGUCGGAAGGUAUUUCUCUUUUUAAUCGGAAGCCAACAAAAGGUAUUGAGUUUCUCAUCAACGUGGGCAAGGUGGGUGAAUCUCCUGAAGAAAUAGCAGCUUUUCUCAAAGAUGCGUCAGGGUUAAAUAAAACUUUGAUAGGUGACUAUCUUGGAGAAAGAGAAGAGUUACCUCUCAAGGUGAUGCAUGCAUAUGUGGAUUCUUUUGAUUUUCAAGGCAUGGAAUUUGAUGAGGCAAUUAGAACCUUUCUUGAAGGUUUUAGGCUGCCUGGAGAAGCACAAAAGAUUGACCGAAUCAUGGAAAAGUUUGCUGAACGUUACUGCAAGUGUAAUCCUAAGGUGUUUACUAGCGCAGACACAGCUUAUGUUCUUGCAUAUUCUGUGAUCAUGCUGAAUACUGAUGCGCACAACCCCAUGGUGAAGAUCAAGAUGUCUGCAGAUGACUUUAUCAGAAACAAUCGUGGGAUAGACGACGAUAAAGAUUUACCUGCGGACUACAUGAGAUCGCUGUAUGAAAGAAUAACAAAGAAUGAGAUAAAAAUGAAAGAAGAUGAUCUACCUUUGCAACAGAAACAAUACUCAAACAGAAUGCUUGGUUUGGAUGCUAUAUUAAACAUAGUGAUUCGUAAGCAGUGGGGAGAUUCAUAUGCGGAAACAAGUGAUGAUUUGAUGAAGCAUAUGCAAGAGCAAUUUAAGGAAAAAGCUCGCAAAUCUGAGUCAACUUACUAUGCUGCCACAGAUGUGGUUGUUCUCAAAUUUAUGAUUGAGGCUUGUUGGGCUCCUAUGCUUGCUGCAUUCAGUGUGCCGCUAGACCAGAGUGAUGAUUUGAUAGUGAUUAACUUAUGUCUUGAAGGCUUCCACCAUGCAAUUCAUGCCACUUCUUUAAUGUCUAUGAAGACCCAUAGAGAUGCAUUUGUGACUUCAGUAGCGAAGUUCACUUCACUUCACUCCCCAGCUGAUAUCAAGCAGAAAAAUAUUGAAGCCAUCAAGGCGAUUCUCAGACUUGCAGAUGAAGAGGGCAACUAUUUGCAAGAUGCUUGGGAGCAUAUACUUACUUGUGUUUCCCGUUUUGAGCAACUACAUCUCUUGGGAGAAGGUGCUCCUCCAGAUGCCACUUUUUUUGCUUCCAAUCAAAAUGAGUCGGAGAAAUCAAAGCAGCCCAAACAAUAUAUACUUCCUGUUCUGAAAAGGAAGGGUCCUGGAAAAAGUCAAUAUGCAGCUACAGGUGUCUUGAGGGGUUCAUACGAUAGCAUGAGUCUUGGCGGAAAAGGUUCUAAGAACGUGAGACGAGAACAAAUGAGCAGUAUAGUUUCAAACUUGAACUUGUUGGAGCAGGUUGGUGAAAUGAAUCAAAUAUUUUCACAGUGUCAGAAACUAAACAGUGAAGCUAUAAUAGACUUUGUUAAAGCUCUCUGCAAAGUUUCUAUGGAUGAGUUGCGGUCUCCGUCUAAUCCACGAGUUUUUAGCCUCACGAAGAUUGUUGAGAUAGCGCAUUAUAACAUGAAUCGCAUAAGGCUUGUUUGGUCAAGCAUCUGGCAAGUGUUAUCGGGCUUCUUUGUGACCAUUGGAUGCUCAGAGAAUCUUUCAAUUGCAAUUUUUGCAAUGGAUUCCCUGCGCCAGUUGUCAAUGAAAUUCCUGGAACGGGAGGAGUUGGCUAAUUACAACUUCCAGAAUGAAUUUAUGACACCAUUUGUCAUUGUUAUGCGUAGAAGUAAUGAUGUUGAGAUCAGAGAACUUAUCAUCCGAUGUGUUUCUCAAAUGGUAUUGUCGCGUGUAAAUAAUGUUAAGUCAGGAUGGAAAAGCAUGUUCAUGGUUUUUACCACAGCGGCAUAUGACGACCACAAAAAUAUUGUGUUUUUGUCCUUUGAGAUUAUUGAGAAGAUUAUCCGAGAAUACUUCCCAUACAUCACUGAGACAGAAACUACCACUUUUACAGAUUGUGUGAAUUGCCUAGUUGCAUUCACCAAUAAUAGAUUUAGCAAGGAUAUCAGUCUCAGUUCCAUAGCUUUCCUCCGAUAUUGUGCAACGAAGCUUGCAGAAGGAGAUCUUAAAUCGCCAUCAACAAACAAAGACAAGGAAACUUCUGGAAAGAUUACUCAGUCAUCUCUCCACACUGGAAAAAGUGGGAAACAAGAGAACGGAGAGAUUGUAAACAACAAUAAUCAUCUCUACUUUUGGUUUCCCUUACUAUCAGGCUUAUCAGAGCUUAGUUUCGAUCCAAGACCAGAAAUCAGGAAAAGCGCACUACAGAUUAUGUUUGAUACCUUACGCAACCAUGGCCAUUUAUUUUCUCUACCGUUAUGGGAGAAAGUAUUCGAGUCUGUGUUAUUUCCUAUAUUCGACUACGUGCGGCAUUCUAUUGAUCCUUCUGGCGAAGACGAAUCUGCUGAUCAAGGAAGUUAUGGUGGUGAUGUGGAUGAGCUGGAUCAUGAUGCAUGGCUCUACGAGACAUGUACAUUAGCACUACAGCUUGUAGUGGAUCUCUUUGUCAAAUUCUACGCUACAGUGAAUCCACUUCUAAAGAAUGUACUAAAGCUUCUUGUGAGUUUCAUAAAGAGACCUCACCAGAGCCUUGCAGGGAUUGGUAUUGCUGCGUUUGUUCGUCUGAUGAGCGAUGCCGAUGGCUUGUUCUCUGAAGAAAAGUGGUUAGAGGUGGUGUCAUCUUUAAAAGAAGCGGCGAAAACAACGUGCCCAGAUUUUUCUUAUUUCCUCAGUGAAGAAUAUGUAGAGAGAAGCCAGAGAAAUGCUCUCAACAUUCAGAAUAGUAAUGCUGAGUCUGCUCCUCCAAUUGGCGGAGAUGCUAAUGAAGAGAGCCAGAGAACAACAACCCGUCUUUAUGUUGCUAUCUCUGAUGCUAAGUGCCGAGCCGCUGUUCAGCUUUUGUUGAUUCAGGCUGUGAUGGAGAUUUACAACAUGUACAGACCUCAGCUUUCUGCGAAAAACACAUUAGUCCUCUUCGAUGCAUUGCACAGUGUAGCUUUACAUGCUCACGGAAUAAACAGUAACACAAUCCUCCGUUCAAGACUGCAAGAGCUAGGACCAAUGACACAGAUGCAAGAUCCUCCACUACUUCGUCUUGAAAACGAGUCUUACCAAAUCUGCCUCACAUUUUUACAGAAUCUUGUUACAGCUAAAACCAAAGGAGCAGAAGAGACAGAGGAAAUAGAGUCACUUCUAGUCAACAUCUGUCAAGAAAUUCUCAACUUCUACAUCGAGACUUCUUCUUCUGCGAAAAAACAACAAUCAGAAUCAUCACGGGCCAGCGAAUACCGAUGGAGAAUACCUUUGGGAUCAGGAAAACGAAGGGAACUAGCAGCAAGAGCUCCUCUUAUAGUUGCAACACUUCAUGCAAUAUGUACAUUGGAAGAGGCAUCAUUUGAGAAGAACCUGACAUGCCUAUUCCCACUUCUGGCUAGCUUGAUUAGCUGCGAGCACGGCUCUCACGAGGUUCAGAUUGCUCUCGCGGAUAUGCUUGGCUUAUCUGUUGGCCCGAUUUUACUCCAAUGGUGCUAACUUUUGCUCUCUUUUCUUUUUGGCUUUUCAUCUUUCACUUUGGCGCGAUGUGAAUGCUUGCUUGCUUGCCUGCCUGCCUGCCUUUAUAGAGUUCUCUUUUUUAAUUCAUCGCGGUUCACAGACGA